AUGAGCGAGUUCUGGUUGUGUUUCAACUGCUGUAUUGCAGAACAGCCUCAACCUAAAAGGCGACAUCAGAUUGACCGAAGCAUGAUUGGGGAGCCAACGAACUUUGUUCACACGGCUCAUGUAGGAUCAGGAGACAUAUUCAGUGGAAUGAACUCGGUGAUCUCAAUUCAGAACCAAAUGCAGUCCAAGGGAGGCUAUGGAGGUGGCAUAUCUGCAAAUGUUCAUAUGCAACUUGUAGACACUCAGGCAGGAUAA